AUGGUUGCCUACUUUGAGAACGCGGGAGACCGCCCCUUCAGCAUGAAUGCCGCUGCCAAAAUCGCGCAUGUAGACACAAUGCAUCCAAGAGCCAGAUCUGAUUCCCCGCCGCGCAGAGAACCGUUAAACCCUUGCCUGCUACUCUUCUACACCGGCGACGCGGAGCGUGGGUACACGGACACGAAGGACUUCUUGCUGCGUUACGGGAACAUCCUUUGUAGCGCGAAUCGAGAGCCGCAUAGGCUUGUCAGCGGAUUGGGGCGGUGUGCCACAAUAAAGAGCUACUAA